CAGUUGGAGAGGGUGAACUGUUUCCUGGAUUUUCUCAAGCAAAAGGAAUUAAAAGAAAAGUUUUUUUUUGUGUGUGUGGCUACUGCUCCUGCAUGAGCUGCAUCCUUUGCUGACCAUUGAGUAGGUCUGCACUGCUCAGAUUCACUCAUGACGAUGCUAUUAGAUGGAGGACCACAAUUUCCCACCCUGGGAGUUGGUGGGUUUGGGACAACUCGCCAUCAUGAAAUGUCCAACCGAGAUGCUGGCAUGGGGCUUAAUCCGUUUGCUGAACCUCCACAUUCUGCAGCUUUUAAACUUAGUCCAGGCAAUCAUGAUCUCUCCUCGAGCCAGAACUCUGCUUUUACCCCGCAGGCAUCUGGAUAUGCCAAUGCGCUUGGACACCAUGCUGGGCAGGUGCCAUCUUAUGGUGGUGCAGCUUUUAACUCUACUCGAGAUUUCCUUUUCCGAAAUCGAAACUCUGGAAUUGGAGAUGCCGCCUCCCCAGGUGGUCAACAUGGACUUUUCACCAGCCAUGGCCCCCCUGGAAUAGCUGACCCUUCAGGGCACCUGAUUUUCCCAGGGCUACAUGAGCAAAGCUCUACUCAUUCUUCACCCAAUGGACAUGUAGUCAACGGUCAAAUGCAUUUGGGUCUUCGGGGAGAUAUUUUUGGACGCCCAGAUCCUUACAGAGCUGUUCCAAGCCCAAGGACUGACCAUUAUGCUGCAGCUCAGUUCCACAAUUACAAUCACAUGAAUAUGAGUAUGAAUGUAGCAGCACACCAUGGCCCAGGGGCAUUUUUUAGAUAUAUGAGGCAACCCAUCAAACAAGAGUUAUCAUGCAAGUGGAUGGAGGAAUCACCGAUAAACCGUCCCCAGAAAACCUGUGACAGGACAUUUAGCAGCAUGCAUGAGCUUGUUACACAUAUGACAAUGGAACAUGUUGGGGGACCAGAGCAAACUAACCAUAUUUGCUACUGGGAGGAAUGUCCGAGGGGAGGCAAAUCCUUUAAAGCAAAAUACAAACUGGUCAAUCACAUAAGAGUGCAUACAGGAGAAAAGCCCUUUCCAUGUCCUUUUCCAGGGUGUGGGAAAAUUUUUGCACGGUCUGAAAAUCUAAAGAUUCACAAAAGAACUCAUACAGGUGAAAAACCAUUUAAGUGUGAAUUUGAAGGAUGCGAUAGGCGGUUUGCCAACAGCAGUGACAGAAAAAAACAUAUGCAUGUACACACAUCGGAUAAACCAUACAUCUGCAAGGUGUGUGAUAAAUCCUACACACACCCCAGCUCUCUGAGAAAACAUAUGAAGGUUCAUGAAUCUCAAGGGUCUGAAUCGUCCCCUGCUGCAAGUUCAGGUUAUGAAUCUGCCACACCACCAGCUAUGGUUUCUGUCAGUAGUGAAGAAUCUUCUAAACCAACUUCAGCACCAAUUCAGACUAAUAGUAACAUCCACAAUGCAGGACUACUUCCACCCAAUUUUAAUGAAUGGUAUGUCUGACAAAAAUAUACAAAGGCACUAUCUGGCUCAAUAAGUGGAUCGAAUGAAACAAAACACAGAAACCAAGUGGGCUCAUCAACAAAGGUGGAAAAGGAGUUUAUAAUACAAGCAACAGCAUAGGGCUUUAUCCUUUUAACUGAAGUCACCAUGGAAUGUUUUUCCCACUUUUUUUAUUUUUAUUUUUUUAAGAAUAAUGGCUCUGGACUAACUGUGCCCUUUUCUCAGGAUCCAAAAUAUAUUUUGGCAUUUACAUUCUACCCCUUCCACUCUCUCUGAAUUUUAUAUUUUCUUUCACUUUAAUAUUUUCUUGAUUUUCAAAAGAAAUUAGGUUAUUUUUUUUUUUAUUUUUUUUAUUUUUUUUUUUAGCUUGCUUAUUUAAUUGAUAUUAAAAUCCCUUCACCUCUGGUGAUUGUUAAACUCUCACAUUCUUAAACCGUGCCAAAGUCUUGUUGCGUCUUGAACUUUCUUAAAGCAUUACACAUGUGAAUGUAUUUCUUGUCUAUAGGGUCAAAGCUGUUGUUCGGUAUUUUUUUUUUUUUUUUGCAAGAUGGGGAUGUAAUCUUAAUACACAGAUUGUGACCGUUUAGUAUACAGUUGCCUUUUGUAAGAACUUUUGUAAAUACAUAUCCAUGAUGCCAUAUUUAUCGUUUGUAAUUUAAUUAUUGAUACAAGUGCCGGGAACUGAACAAUAUUUAUGAAAAAAA